AUGGAGGACAAGAGUAUGCCGCCCAGGCCUGAAGUUGAAUUUGACUUCAAUCUUCCUCAUGGCAUCGAUGCCGAUGAGAAUGGAGCCGAGAACCAUCAGAAUGCUCAUGAUUACCAAGGAGAUGACGACCCAACAAAAGACAUCCACAGCACUGCGCAACAUGAGUUCGAUACCGACAUCCACGAAAGCAUUGAGGGCCAUCGCCACAGCAAAGACGCUAACCAGGCCUCCGGUAAGCAUGACCAGGACCCGAGUUAUCAGAAAAUGAAUUACAACAUGCUCGAGCAAGGCUUCUCCGAUGACGACGAUGCCCCCCAAGCAUUCGACCGCUCCUGGUCUGGUCACCAGGCCCGGAAGUCUCCGCCUACAAACAAGAAGUCUCCAAGAACGGAUGAUGGUGACGAUGAGGCAAGCCCUAGAAGUAAGAGACCACGUCAGUCUCUUUUUGGGGAGCCAACGGAUAGGGUCGAAGAAACCCAGUUCGACGACCUUUUCGAAGGAAUGCUUGAAGAAGGCCUAGUAGACCAAGUUGACAACCUCCCCGAAACUGAGGUUCUCAGAGAAAAUAUCGGCAACCGCCUGUCUGGUCUAGAUCUCGAAGCGCAAGGGAUUGAAGUCCAUUCCUCUGAGCAACCACUCAAUCUUGGCUUUGGAUUCGCGGAAUCUGACAGAGACAGCAUGUCUCCCAGAGUGUCUCCAGGGCUAUCUGAUGGCGAGAUCGUUAUCCCCCCCGAUACCCAGCCAGCCUAUGAAUUGCGUCAAGGUAUCGAACGAAGAGCUGCGUAUACAUAUGUCGACCAAGACGAGUCCGGCAAUUUUGAUCCCGUGAACGAAACCAAGAACAAAGCACAGAGACUCAAGAUGGCAAAGGCAACGAAAGCUGCCAAAGCCGCCCGGCGUCUGAAAAGAGACCAGAAUCGUGUAUCUAAAGAGCCGGUUUUAAAGUGCAUCAUCAAGCUUCGCAUUGCGAAUUUUGGCAAUGUGAAGAACAUCACAGACGACCAGGACAAUUGGCCAGAAGACUGGUCAGAUAUUGAUUCUGACGUUGAACGUGAACUUCAAGAGUAUCGCGCAUUCUUCCGUCACAACACCCCCGAUCGCCGCAUGCAGCUUCCUAUUCAAGAUCCUCGCUCGGAGGUUGAAGACUUGACAGGCCAUCCAGCAGCGCGAGGCUGCAUUUCCUGUCGCGUACAUGGGGUUGCGUGCUCUAUGGUAACAGGUGGUACAUAUCCAUGUCAGUACUGCUGCGAUCUAAACAAGGACUGCGACCCCAUCAUCACACCUACCGAGAAAGGGCGCUGCAAUAUCGACUAUUGUUCUUUUGAAGAUGAGCCUGGCCAAGCGAUUUGCGAUCAUUGCGCUGAGAACGAGCACAUUUGCGAAGCGCUUCCGCCAGUUGGCUACCGCGCCGAGAGGAUCGUCAUCGACGAUGUGAUCUAUACUGAGGACCGACCAUACAUACAGUGCACCAACUGUCGCCGUGAGAAGAAGCGCUGCAGCCUAAAGAAGAAAAUCGAUAAACCACCAUGCAGAUACUGCAAGAAGCACAACACCGGCUGCACCUUCUACGAGAUCCCGAAAGUAGUGAAAGAGAAGAAAGCCAAGGCCAAGGGGCCCACAGAAGGAGACGCACCUGAAGUCGCAAUUCCAGAUCAUGACUACUUUACCAAGGAAGACCUAGAAGAUUUGUAUAACGAAGACGUGCACAUGGAGUCACGCUCACCAACCCCCGAGAUUGAGAUGGAGGAUGAAGCGGGCCACAAGGGUACGCUGACAAAGAUCAUGACCAGCUUCGCGCAUCCUAUCCAGUUCGGUACCAUCGAAAACACUUCUGACUGCAACUUCUGUGAGCUACCGAUAUUCGGAUUCGUUGGCCAUUUCGAGAAGGAGGUUCAUGUAAUCCGUUGGUACGGCGGACAUGGGUACACGGAAGUCGGUGGAGGCCAUGCGCAGGACAAGGAGGGGGUGACGACUAUGUGCCAAAUUUGCGCGAUUGGUAGGGCGCAGAUCAUGACUUGCGAUGAACACGACAUGCAGCGCAUCUUCCCCGAUGAUACGGUCUCAAGUUUCGAAGAAACAUGUGCCGAUCUCCUAGAGGCCGCUGAAACCUCGGAAGAGGCCCAACAGCAACUCCAACGCUGGUGCUCUAUGUGUUUCUCCCCAGCAGCGUUCACCUGCUGUGCGCGGCAAGCUUCACUUUUCGCAUCUGAGGAUGACGAGAUGGAACUUGACGGGUGUGGCCUGAAGCUCUGUGCUAGGUGUGAAAGUAAGCUUAAAAAGGAUUUUGAUGGGAACAGUAGUCUUAUGGCUGAGGCACUCGACCAUGAGAGCAAGGCUAAAGAGGAGCACGAAUUUUCUGGAGACGUGACGGUGGUCAGAGCGGACGUCGGAUUCAUUUCUAAGAAAGGGAUGCUGAUGAGAAAUAUGGAACUUGAAGCGGCUAAAGGAGACCUCUAG